UGUCACUUUUAGAGUUUGGCUUCUCCCAUUAGUUUCCUUCAUUUCAAAAGACCCUUUUAAGUAUAUGUGCACAUCUUUCAAUCCUCGAAUCAAAUAUUCUCCAUGCAUGUAUACAAAAGGGUCUUUCUGAAUGUUAUUAGCCAUCGUCAUAGUUUGUAUAUAAGAGUUUGUUUUCCCUAAUUAAUUGAACUGUCUCUUCAAGUGAGAAACUAACAUUCAAAUCAACCUUGUAAUUAAUCCAAUCAAUUUUGAAUUAACCAGAAGGUUUGGAAAUAAUUAGAAUAUGGAGCACUUGGAGAAGGCAAAAAUCAUUCGUCUCAAAACGCAUAAUGGCAAAUACCUAACAGCAAGCAAAGAUGAGAAAUCUGUACGCCAAAGUAGUGAUGGCUCAACAGUAAAUGCUCUUUGGUCCGUGGAAUUUUUAGAUGGCCAACAUUAUCUACGCCUUAAAAGUUGUUAUGGCAAGUACUUGACAGCUUCAAAUGUUCCAUUAAUUCCUAAGAUUAGUGGAUCAAGAAAAAUCAUGCAGACUCUACCUAAAAAGCUGAGUUCCGCAAUAGAAUGGGAGGCUGAACAAGAUGGAUCGUUAUACCAAAUUCGUCUAAAGACGCGAUACGGCCAUUUCUUGAGACCCUUUGGAGGGAUACCCCCAUGGAGGAACAUUGUCACCCAUGAUGUUCCUCACAGGAAAAAAUCUACCUUAUGGGAAAUCGAAAUUAUGGAGAGUCAGUUGGUUCACCAAAAGAUUCAACCUGCUACAAGCUUCGCCCAAUUUACCAAAGCAUUCUCUUGUUCUUUUGCUGAGCCCAUAUAAAUGAAUGAAUUAUAUAUCAUUCAAAUUUUAUGGGAGCUUUUCAUUUCAUUGACCCAAGAAUUAUGGUUUUCUGCUAUCAGGAUGUCUGUCUAUAAUUCUUUUGCUAUAUAUAUAUUCUGAUUUGGUUAAUGUGUGAUGAUUUAUUAAAAAAAAAAAUAUAUAUAUAUA